AGUGAUUGGAGGAAUGUUGCUGUCAAUCAUAGGACCCGCCCCCUGAGUUCCUGACUCUGUCUGUCAACGUGGAGCUGAGGUCAAGAGAAAUAAAGCAUGGCCACAUUGUUUAGAGGGUAUCGGAAUUUUUAUAAAAGAAGCAGUAAACAUGUGGAGCUCACUUUGGUAUCCUGUAGAUCAAUGGCUUCCAAGACCCCAGUGGGUUUUAUUGGACUGGGUAACAUGGGGACACCUAUGGCUAGAAAUUUACUGAGGCAUGGAUAUCCUGUCAUUGCUACUGAUGUCUUCCCAGAGUCUUUCAAGGAGCUUCAGGACUCAGGAGCACAGAUCUUGGAUUGCCCUGCUGAAGUGGCUGAUAAAGCUGACCGCAUCAUCACCAUGCUACCUUCCAGCCCCAACGUCAUUGAGGUUUACACAGGACCCAAUGGCAUACUUAAGAAGGUGAAAAAAGGCACCCUUCUGAUUGACUCCAGCACCAUCGACCCUGCAGUGUCCAGAGAGAUGGCUGCUGCUGCUGAGAAGAUGGGAGCAGUGUUCAUGGAUGCUCCAGUGUCAGGAGGUGUUGGUGCAGCCAGUCUGGCUAAACUCACCUUCAUGGUGGGUGGAGUCGAGGAGGAAUUUAAUGCUGCCCAGGAGCUAUUCACCUCUAUGGGAGCAAAUGUAGUGUACUGCGGCCAAGUGGGAAGUGGACAGGCAGCGAAAAUCUGCAACAACAUGCUGUUAGCAAUUGGCAUGAUUGGCACAGCAGAGACCAUGAACCUUGGAAUUAGACUGGGUUUAGAUCCAAAGCUGCUGGCGAAGAUUCUGAACACGAGUUCAGGACGAUGUUGGUCCAGUGACAAGUAUAACCCCGUCCCAGGUGUCAUGGAAGGAGUGCCCUCAGCUAAUAACUACCAGGGAGGCUUUGGCACAAAGCUAAUGGCUAAAGAUCUUGGUUUUGCUCAGGAUACGGCGACCAGUGCCCAGACCCCAAUUCCUCUUGGUUCUUUGGCACACCAGAUCUACCGUGCGAUGUGUGCUCAUGGCUACUCUAACAAAGACUUUUCCUCCGUCUUCCAAUUUUUACGAGAGGAGGGGGUGCAGUAGGUCCAAUGGAAGUGACCCAGACUCUGGAAAUUAUGACUUGCUGGUUUAUUAUUGAUAUGCAUGAGUGUAUAUUUUCAGAGGGAUGUUACAGGUAUGUUGAAGCUAACAAGUGUAACAUUGAGAGUCCGAUGCCUCUCUUAGGUUGUUGCCAGGUUUAGCCGUUUAUAAUUAUGAUCGGAUCAAACUGUUACUCAAGCAUUCUUACUUCACACAUUUGCCUGCAAAUGUUUACAGUCAGUCUUUUCCACUUUGAGCCAGUUCUGAGCCAAUAUUGAUUUUAUGUCCUGAUUAGACACUGCUAGAAAUGUUUAUGGAUCCAUAUGACAUACCUCAUCUGUUUCAGUUGUGCUUAAACUGAAUCGAAACUGUGAAAAUUUUACAAAGAAGUAGUAGGUCCCUUGUUUUUGUGGAAUAGUUACAUUAAAAGAAUAGUUCACCUAGAAAAAGAAAUGCUAAAAAUGUACUAUUGUUCAGGCCAUCCAAGAUGCAGAUGAGUUUGUUUUUUCAUAGGAACAGAUUUGCAGAAAUUUAGCUUUACAUCAC